GGAUUCAGUCUAUGACUAGACCGUUAUUUGCUACGAGACUUUAAUUCCCUUUUUUUCGCCUUUAUUUUCCAAGGCGCUAUAAUUAUUAUUUAUUUACUUUUUUUAUUAAUCAUUCUUCAAAUUAUUUAACUAAUUAUUAUUAUUCGUAUUUUUUUACCCGUGUCUGUUGCGCCAUUACUUGCAAGCAAUAACGGUGACACGGGGUGUUGACUAUUCAAUAAAUAAAUAAGUUUUAAAGACAGUUGUUAAUAAAAGAAAAAGCAAAAUGGCGGCUUUUGUGGCAAAGCAGAUGGUUGGAAACAAGUUGAAUGCUGUCAAAGGGGCGGUUGGCGGUGAGGGUGGCGAUGAAGAUGACAAGGAAAAGGAAGAAGAGGCCGAGAGAGAGCGGCAGGAGGCUAUUAAGGAAGCUGAAGAGAGACGUAAGGAAAAGCACCGCAAAAUGGAGGAGGAGAGGGAAAAAAUGCGACAAGAAAUCCGAGAUAAGUACAACAUAAAAAAACGCGAAGAAAUUCAAGAAAUAACGCAAGAAGAACCAAAUCCUCUAAUGCGCAAGAAAAAAACACCAGAGGAAUUAGCAGCGGAAGCUGAAGCUGCGGAACAAGAUGAGUUUACAAAAUUAAAACAAACUCUGGAAACACACGUUACAGAGAUAAAAUCACAACUCGAGAACAAAUGUAGCCUGCAAUGAGUAACCAGUCACCAUUAAAAACUAGUGAUUGUUAUACCAAUAAAUUAUUAGCAAGUAAUUAUCACCUCGAAAUAACAAGUUAAUAAUUUAAUGAAUCACUGGUAAUUAAUAAACUAGUAUCAUCUCUAGCAGCCAAUAGAGAUGAGAUACAGGAGUACUCUAACGCUCGAUUAAUUGCUGUUUAAUCAACAACCACUACAACAAUCGUCAAAGUUAAAUCUAAGCUAUUUAAGUUUUGAUUGUUAAAUUAGUUGUGUUAGUUUCGGAAAAAUUUCGCGACAAUUUAAAUCAAUUUGUUUAAUGAUAAUCCUAGAAGAUUUUUUAUCGAAAAUUGAGAGUAAUAAAAAUGAUUUAAAGACGGUAUUAAUUCUUAUAAGAGUAGAUUAAAAUAUCUUAAAAGAAUGGUAAGAGCGUAUUAAAGGGACAAAGUAACUUAAAGAAAGUAAUAAUGAAUAAAAAUAAUAAAAAAUAAGUAAUGAAAAGAAUAAAGAAAAAACGGCUAAGAACUAAAGUAAAGCGUGAUAUGACAAAAGGCUUUGAGAUUCAAAUAUUUUAUUAUUAUUAAAUAAAUAAAAUAAAAUAGAAAAGGAUACGGAUGAAGAAAAAAAUGUUUUAAAUAUCUGGUUAAGCACUCAAUGAAAUAUCUCUCUCUCUUAAUUUAUAAAAGCACUUAUUGUUUUAGCAGACGUUCCCUGGAUUUUAAUUUCCUCUUAAUUUAUACUCAAUGACAUUGACAUGCUUUCAUGAGAAGUUUUUUUUUUUAUUUAUAACAUUUGACGAUUGACAAAAAAGGCGACAAAGCGAUUCACCCUCGAGCGUUUCGUCCCCGGUCAAUUCAAGGAUUUAUUCAAAAAUUUUAGACAAAAAAGUUUACUUCUUUUAAUAUAAAAUUUGUGUUAAAAUAAAAUUAAAAGCCCGCUAAAAUAGGGGACGAGGCCCCGAUAAAAUCCGCCGGGGGUGUAACGACUUGGAACCAAAAAAAAUCUAAUUUAAGCAUCGAAGGGACUCAUUUUCCUCGUAUUAUUACGUAACAACGAGGAUUAAUUAAUUAAUAAAUAAUAAAUAUUAAAAAGUUUUGAGUUUUUAGAAAUUAAUACAAAUAACAAAUAAUAAUAAUAAUGAUAAUGAAUUAGUAAUACCCAUUAAUAUUUAGCAAGUUAUGUAGUUGUUGAACCGUUCAACGGCUGUUUGAAUAUUUGAAAAAAAUGUGACAAAAAAUAGAAAAAAAAUUUUCAAAAAAAAAUUAGUGAUAAUAUUAAUUAUGAAUUAUAAAUAAUUAGGUAGGGACACAGGGCCAUGAUUAAUGAGAAUAAAUCUGAUAAAUUUCCUAUACCCCUUUUUCCUACUCCCCAAAAAAGUUAAAAAAAAUAUUAAAUAAGCUUUUGCACAAUAUAUAUUUGUGUAAAAAGUUUUAGGUGAAUCUUUUUUGCCUGUAUUUUUAGCUGACGCACGUCGAGGCACUUGUUAAAGUUAUUAAUUAAUGAUUAAUACUGAGGACUAUUUAAAAUUAGUGUUAGGUGAGCUUAAUCUUCCAAAUUAGUUGAACGUUUUUUUGUGGAUAUAUAAAUAUUUAGAAUAUUAUUAUUGAUUAAUUAAUUAAUUAACGACGGAAGAUACUCACCGGCGGAUGAUGCAUGCCUUAUAUAUAAAAUCUACAAAAUAAAAAGAAUAUUUAAAAAAAUUAAAGGUACUAUUGUUGUUGUUAUUAUUAUUGAAAAAUAAUGAUGAUGAUUAUAGUAAAUUUUUGAAAAAAAAAAAAUUUUUUUUUCAUUUUUUUAAAUUAACGUUUCUUGAGUGUGUUGCCAAGACCGUGUAAUUUUAGUUUUGAAUAAAUGCGAGAGAGAGGAGAGAUUGUUGUGUGAGUGAUUAUUAAUUAGAAUUAUUUUUAAUUUUUAACAUAUUGUAUACUAAGUUAAAUUAUUUGACGAUUAUAGAGGUUUGGUUAAAAUUUUUUGACGCUAAAAAAUUGCAUGCUUUUUUUUAAAAAGUUAAAGUGUCAUUAGCUAUUACAUUAAUAAUAAUCGUACAGUACUAUUAUAACUAUUACAUUAGUAUUUAUUUUUUACAUGAGAGAUGUUAUCUAGUUUGAACGGAAAACUGUAUAUCCUCGAAUCGACGCGUCCCUGGAAUGAUAACACUUAUUAUUAUUAUUAUUAUUAUUAUUAUUAUUAUUAUUAUUAUUAUUAUUAUUGUUAUUGUUAAGUAUUUUUGUCUUAAUUAUUUUGCUGUAAAUAACUAAAGUUAUUGUCGGCUAGUUUUCAACAUCUAAUAAAUUUUCAUACAAAAUUUAUUUAAUUUUUGAGACUUUUUUAUUUGUUGAAAAUUCUUUUAGAAAUUUUUUACAAAAUUUGUAAUAUUAUUUCAACUUUUUAAUUACUGAAUUUUUCAAAAAAACUAGUACCAAAUUUUUCAUGAAAAUUAUUAAUAUUUCUUCUUAAUUAAUUCCUAAAUUUUUUCAAAAAUAAAAUAAAGUUAUUUAUCUAUAAUUACAUCAAUUCUGCUACAUUUAACACACUUUAUUAGAAAACUCCAUUAUGUGCUAGCAAUACAAUAAUUCUAGUUAAAUUGUAGCAAAAAUACUUUAUUAAAAUCUAUUUAUUACUAAUUUAACGCUUUUUAAAUAAUCUUAAUGUAUAAUCUCUGCUUUUGUGAUACAUUAUAAUAAUAUUCUUCAUACAUUAUCUUUUUCUCUAUAUCUACUCUCUCUCUCUCUCUCUCUCUCUCUUUCUCUUUAUCUCUCUUUCUUUCUCUCGCUCUAAAAAUUGCAUGACGCUUGUCAAUGUCGCUCUGCUCAUUGUCUGCUAAACAAAUUCAAAAAAAAAUAAAAAUAAAAACUAUUUUUAAUUUGACAAUAAUUUGAAUAAUUUGUCGUGAGAAUUAAAAACUAAAAAUGUUUUUUUUAAGUACAUUACUAAAAGUCAAUUAUUGCAAAAUAAAUAAUAAUUAAUAAAUAUAUAUUUUAAUAUAUAAAAAGGAAUUGUAUAAAAUAUUUUGCUUUUACUUUUUUUUCGGUCACAAUUUCUUUAAUUAAUUAACAUUUAAAUAAAACUAUAUUCUGCCAUAAAAGUGAAGAUAAAUAUAAAAAACUAAUUAUUUUUAUAGAAAUAAAAAUAAAUAUUUUUUUCCCUUAAUUUUCCUAUGACGAAAUUAUAAAAUAAUAAACUUAUUAACAAAGAUAGUUUGAAUGUAAUAUCAUUAAAAAUAAUAUCUGCAUACUAACUUACGAUACUUCUAUUCAUGCAUGUUUAAAUGUCUUACAAUACUAAAAAAAUAUUAAAAAAAAAAAAGACUAAAUGAUUAAAUUUUAAUACUGAUGUUUAUCAUUGAUAUUCGAAUUUAAUCGCAAUAAAAAAAAUUAGAAAAAUUCUUUAGUGGUACAUGAAACUCGUCUAUCAUCGUUUAACAAAAUAACAAACUUUUAACGUGUAAACUUCAAACAAUAUAUGAAUUUUAAAAAAUGUGAAUUUGAAAUGAAUGUCUAUUUAAUCUUUAGCUCGAAAAUUAUUAAUUGCAGUGUUGCUAAUGCUAUUGUUAUAAUGCUAGGUAAUGCCGUAUGUCGUUGUUGUUUCUCGAUAUUCAGAACUUUGUCAAUGCUUUUAAUAUUCAGGUUUAUUCUUGAUUAAAUAAUUAUUUAUUUAUUUUUAAAAAUUGUUACUGGAUUGACUAAUCGUUGCAAGAAUUUUUUUCUGAGACACGGUAGUGUCUUGUGCCUAUUGCCGCUUUCAACUUGGUUCAGCGCAGGCGCAAUAAGAAUUACUCUUAAAUAAAACUAAUUUCUUCAACUAUUUAUUUAAAUUAUUAGAAAUAAUUUCACUUUGAUUAUUUGAUCCGUCUAUUGGUCAGUUGAAAAAUUUUUAAAUUAAAAUACUAAUUUUAAUUGAAGAAAAAUUCAAAGCCAGUUUUUACUCUGACACUAAAUAAAAUGGCGCUAAAAAUACGAAAGUUACACUCAGUUUCUUAUUUUAUUUUUGUUUCGGGUGGAAAGUCACUAAGUACACUAAGUAACUUACUACACCGAGUUUACCAAGUCCGUACUUUGACCAAAUAUGUUCUAAUUACGGAAAAGUCAGGUAUGCUUUUAUAAAUGACCGUAAUUAAGUUUGAAGUCGUAGCUUUUUUCUUUAAACUUUAAAAUUGACUUUAAAAUCAGACAUUUUUAGUCGAUUAGUUACGAUGUUAAAUAAAUUAAAUGCUCAACUUCGGAAAAUGAGUGAUUACCCCACAUUACGAACUGACGCCCAAAAGUUAAUGGAUAUUAACUGACCAACAAAGCUCAUUUUCCAAAUUUUAUUAUUUUUAAAACAAACAUUCAACUUGCAAAAUCUAGUAACGUUUUUUAAAAAUAAACAAUUAUUUAAAAAAUGUAUAUUGUCAAGUGCAUUGCUGUGAAAGCUAUAACAGGACAAUUCGAAUGAAGAAAAGCUCUAAUAAUAAAAUAAAAGUUUUCUAAAUUGACAAGACGCUACGAUUCGAGUUUGUCAGUCCGUUUGAACCAUUGUUGUGGCCUAAUAGCAGCCAACUCUAUUACCAACUAUUAUUAUUAUUAUAUAAUUAUUAUUAUUAAUUGAUAUGAAGAUGAAUAAAAAAAAAAAAAUUGUUGAAAUUCUUAAACUCUAAAUCUCACUCAAAUUUUAAUGGCCCAACUUAUUAUAAUUACUAUACAACCCUUUCUACUGAAUUUUCAGAAUAAAAAAUAUUCCUGUUGAAAAUUGUUUCUUUUUCUCAAAAAAUAUAAAAUGAAAAAAAAAAUCUUUGAUAAUAAUACUAAAUAAAACAAAAAAACGCCACCCUCAGCUCGUACAAAGCAACGUGGCACGUGAUAUCAAAAAUAAAUAAAUAUUAAAUUUAAAAUAAAAAUAAAUUUAAUAUUAUAAAUCUACAAAUUGUUACUUAUGAUUCGUAUUUCAUAAAGAAAAUUUCUGCAAGAUGAUUCUUAUUAAAGAAUAAUAAAUAAUAAUAAUUAAUUAAUUUAAUAAUGAAAUAUUGUAUAUUUAGAUGAAAAUAAGAUGUUAAACACAUUCUCUUCAUGUUUACACCGUAGUAAAUUUUAUGUUGUUAUUCCUCAGUUUUUUAAACUAAAAAUAAAAAAUAAAAAAAAACGCUGAAAAGUGUAAAUUUUUAGGAGUUUAUUUAAUCUUGACUUUUUUUACUUAUUAAUAAAUCUAAAAGCUUACAGAUAAUUAAUCUACACCAGCAGUCAAUGAGUUACCGAUCAUUGUCGGUAAAUCAGAAUCAUGUUAGAUUGUCAAUUUCGGCAUAAAUUGACUCAGAAAAACAUCUACU